AUGGCGGAAGUGGAGCAGAAGGAGCAGCGGGCUUUGCGUAAGUUCACCUACCAUGAUGACCUUGGCCAGCUGCUAGGUGUGUCUGAGCCAUUGAUGCAGCUGUACAGCACCCUACAGUGGCAGAGGCUGAACCGGAGCCUAUGGGGGAAGCAUCACUCACUGCUGCUGUCUAAGGCCAAGAAGGAGGCUCCCUUCAUGAGAAGCCCAAGGUGGUUAAGGACACACCUGCGGGACAUGGUCAUCCUGCCUGAGAUGGGGGUUGUCUACAAUGGCAAGAUCUUCAACCAGGUUGAAAUCAAACCCAAGAUGAUUGGCCACUACCUGGGUGAGUUCUCCAUCACCUACAAGCCUAUGAAGCAUGGCAGGCCUGGCACGGAGGCCACUCACUCCUCAAGCUACAUCCUUCUCAAGUAG